ACGUGCAAUGGAAAAGGAAAAUUUAAUGAGGAAGUGUUCCCCACUUCAGGGUGGCCAGACUCGAGCGUCACUUGUCACUAAGCUGGACCUUACAGGUGACAGUGAUGAGGAAGACAUUUCGGUGGUUAAUUCACUCGCCCCAGCUCAUCCCAGUAAUACUUCUACAGGUACUGAGGGAACUGACUCAAUGGAGGCAAUCCACGAUACAAAUGAAGCAGCCCACAACGCAAGGGAAGUAACUAACAACACAAGGGAAGUAACUCACAAUACAAGGGAAGUAUUUAACAACACAAGGGAAGUAACUCACAAUACACGACAACUUGAACGUGAGCUUGACAGUACCAUGCCAACUGAUCACCUAAUGUCUAACAGACGGGAUGCAGGACAGCAGAUCACCCGUCUGCCUAGAGACAUUUUUGACAUUGGGAGACAGGACAUGAUAUUCAGGAAUGAGAGUAAUUAUUCUGAGGAGUAUGAUUCCAUGUCAAGUAGUGGGGACUCAGUGGAGCUGAGCAGUACUGCUGAACUGCUGAGUGCGAGGGUAGGUGCCCUGGCCCUGGACGUGUCCGGUCAGGACCACUCUGGUGUGUCCAGUGGAGAUAGUGUUGUGUCUGACCAACUCAACAGGUCAAGCCCUGGCAAUGCAGCUGACAUCAGCAACAAUGUAUGCCAAUCUUAUAGUGCUAAUUAUGAUAAUAAUGACUCUGUGAAUAAAAGUGCUAAUCAAAGUGAAAAUGACAAUGACUGUGGAUCCAAGAAUGGUUGUGAUCCUGAUUAUAUACCAAAGUGUUCACCAGUAGUGAUAGAAGACAGUACCAGUUCUGAGUGUUCGCCGGAGACGGAACGCCCCCUUGCUCGUGACCUUCUGUCACCCUUGCCUCGAUUCCCAGUACUUGACAGUUCUCGAGGGACUGGUUACACGCCAGACCUGCUGCCAGAGGACUCAAGUAGCUUUCGACACUACAAUGAAUACUCGUCUCUCAACCUUACAGAUUCCAACCUCUCCAACGAUACCUUCUCAACCUCUGAUGACAGUGAGGACUCGGGUGAUGAGGAGGAGGAGGAGGAGGAAAAUGACACAAGUCCACUCAAACGAUUUCCUGGCAAUUGGAGACCAGAGGCGGCGCCAUGUGACAUGUUGAAUGUACCAGAGGGCAGCUAUGCUGGUGUUUGUGAACAUCAUGAUGGAUCAAACCUAGGAAUAAUUUUCCAGGUGAAGCGCGUACAGAUGGAAGGCGGACAGUUUGUGUAUUGUCUGUGGGUGUCCCGGGACCCAGAGGAUCAUCCUGACACGUCACACUCGUAUACAAACCUCACUCUGGCCUCCAGCUUCAACAGCACCAUGGACCGGUCAGUUGGCGAGUGUCUAACAGACUCCAGACUAGAGGAGAGAGAGGAGGAGGAGGAGGACGAGGAGAGCGAUCAGCAGGAAGACGAGGAGGGAGAGGGUAUGGAGUACAAUCUAUCCUCAGGGCGAGGGUUGUACGAUAUCAAGUAUGAGACCCUCUCCUCCAUAGGCAAGGGAGCGUUUGGUUUUGUGAAGCUGGCAUGUUGUCGCACCAACAACACACACGCUGUUGUUAAGUUCAUCAAGAAGAAAAAGGUGCUGAAUGAGUGCUGGACGGUAGACAGGAAGUGGGGCCGAAUUCCACUCGAGGUCAGCCUCCUCACAAAGCUUGACCAUCCAAACAUUGUCAAGGUGGUGGAUGUGUUUGAGAACGAGAACUUUAUACAGAUGGUCAUGGAGAAGCAUGGAAGUGGGAUGGACCUGUUUGAGUUUAUAGAUCGUAGUCCUCUGAUGGACGAGAGUCUGGCCAGCUACAUCUUCAGACAG